UCUAUCAAAGGGAGUCCGUACUGAGUAGUUAGUAGUCGACUAGUAGUAGUAGUAGUAAGCAGUAUCCGCGUCGCCUUGACCCAUCGAAGACUCGAAGUUGAAUUGGUUUAAGAGUGGAGUGAAAGUGUUUGAUGUUUGAAGAAGACCAACCCACUUUGUCUUAACGCUCUCCUCCGUUUUGGACUUUUUUAUUUUUAUAUCAUUCUGGUGGUUUUAUGAGGAGCUUUCUUCUUCCUCAAUUUUCAGUAUUUCCCCGUCCUUUGUCUAAUUGUCUACCCCAGCUCGCUCGCUCGUUUAGCGUUCUUGAGCCCCCACUCCCAGUCCCCAAGCGUCACCGGCUAAUGGUUUAUUUCUAAUAGUUUUCUCUUUCUCCAAUGUUUUUUUUUCUUCGAAUCGGCGAACAUUUUGAAUAUUUAGUUAAUUAAUUAAAGUUGGAAAAGAGGAUAAUACAAAUACAUAAACCUUGCAAACAAUCACUAUCUUUCUGGGUAACUGUAGGGUGCUGAAUUGCUGAUUUUAACACCCCUUGGCCUUUCAAGAUUUUAAUUCAGUUUCACUUUUGGUUUCAGGCUUUCAGCUUCUGCCUUUCCCAGUUUCCCCCCUCACUUGAUUUGGUCCUCACGAUUCACAGGGAGAGCUUUCAGGAAACUUGUGGAGAUUUCCCCUGAUUCUCUUUCUAGUUGGCAUCAUUGAUCUGCCCUGCCUUGCUAUUUCUCUUCUUCUUUUUUUUUUGUUGAAGGUCGUCCUUAAUUUCUCAUUUUUCUGUUUUUCUUUGUUGGUCUUCUUCUUGUGCUUCUGCUACUUCGUUGGUCGGUGUCCUUGAUCAUCUUUGCUGGACAAUUAAUUUCUCUGAAUUUACAUUUCUUAGAGCUGAGUCCGUCCAGGAAAGAGGAGAUAGUUGGUAAUACGUACGUGUAUGGUUACUUAUCAACAAGGGUCGGAGAGAAAAAACAGGGGGGGGGGCUUUUUGAAAACAAGAGAAGAUUUUGAAUUCUGGGUGGUAAAUUCUGAAGCGAGAAACUUAGGAGGCGGAGGAGGAGGGAGCAGCAGUGAGAUUUGUGAUUAGUGGGAGAGGGAUUGAGAAGAUGAAGACGCUUUGUCAUUUACCAAAAAUAGAUUCAGAGCAUACGGGUUAAGAUUACGGGUCAUAAAAUCACUGAGCGAGAUGGGCUGGACAUUAUUCCCUGUUGCUAUGAUCACCCAACCCUAAACAACAUUGUAUUUAUAGCAACACCUCGCCACACCCCGUAGUCCCUUCCGCUUCAAACUCCACAGUCAUUCUUCUCCUUCUUACUCACAAAAGAAGAGACUAGUUUUCACGACUGGUUGCAGAGGAACCACCAUGGUGUCAUCUUGCUGGAGAUUGCAGCAUGUAUAUCCUCCUGCUAAACAUUCAAACCUGGAAUGCUUCCUUCACUGCUUAACCCCCACUGUGCCUACCCAAUUGCUACCAAAGACCUGCGUUCGAGAUAUAAACAGCCUAUGGCAGCCUCUUGGUAAGGAUACAAUUGAAUACUUCAGCUUGGGAGAUCUUUGGGACCAAUAUGAUGAAUGGAGUGCAUACGGAGCUGGUGCCCCAGUUCUUCUGAAGAGUGGUGAGACUGUUGUGCAGUACUAUGUUCCAUACCUCUCUGCCAUACAGAUAUACAUCAGCAAAUCGAAUCCUAAAGAGGAGACUGAUGUGGCGGGAUUCGAGAGUGAUUCUUGGAGUGAAGACAGUGAGAGCGACAAGCUUUCAAGGUCACUGAGCAACAACUCAAGCAAAGGUUGGGAUGCUGGUUCAGAAGAUUCAAGCUUCGACCAGGAGGGUUCAUUGCAAAUGAAGGACCGGCUUGGCUACCUCUAUCUCCAGUAUUUUGAGAGUUGUGCUCCAUAUGGAAGGGUUCCCCUUAUGGACAAGGUCACCGCAUUAGCUCAGGUAUACCCGGGCAUUCUCUCAUUGAAGAAUGUGGAUCUCUCUCCAGCUAGUUGGAUGGCAGUUGCAUGGUAUCCUAUUUACCACAUUCCUACAAGGAGAAACGUGAGGGGAUUGUCUGCUUGUUUCCUGACUUAUCAUACUCUCUCAUCAUCUUUCCAAGAUACCAUUUUGGAGGAUAACAAGGAGACAGUAACCUGUUCUUCCCCAGAAGAUGGAGGGAAAUCAAAAGGAAAUGACAUUGGUAGGAUAUCACUGCCACCCUUUGGGCUGGCCACUUACAAGAUGCAUGGAGACCUCUGGGUCAAUCCUGAAACAGCAGACCAGGAAAGGAUCAUCUCUCUCCUGAGUGCUGCAAAUUCCUGGUUGAAGCAGCUCAGAGUUCAACACCAUGACUAUGACUACUUCGUAACUCACUCCUUUGGUUAAAUGCGUCUAAAUGAUACGCCCUUCUGUUAGUUUUGAAUGUUCGCGACCACCAACUUUGACUUUCUCCUGCUGUAGCUUGGACAAAACCAAAUUAUAUGAGCUUUACUGUGUUGCUAAGUUAGUCUUAUGGCUGACCUGAGAAGAUUGAAAGGGAUGCAUGGAUUUAGAAAGCUUAACAGGGGAGUUUUUGUGGAUUGAGUUGUUUUGCUAGAUGCUCUCUCUAGAAAGUAAAAUUUUGUUAUAUAUGUUUAUGUUCCAUCUCUUCUGGUGUGGAAGAACAAUCUUUUUCCAUUUUGUUUUACAUGUAUAUAUCAAUGAUCUCAGUUCUGUGAAGUUGUUUCUUGAAUGUAAUCCAUCAUGAUUAUUACUGGUAGUUCCUUUGGAUACUAAGAGGUUGCAGUUGAGGGAA